AUGAGUUCAGGUGGACAACCCCAUGAAGCUGCUGCAGUAGCUGCCCCUAUUCUAGAGGAGUGUGCUUGUAUAGCCGAGUGUUCAGACCACUCAAUGGCAGAACCUUUGAUAAAAUGGCUCAAAACUGAUAUCGUGUCAAUUGAGAAAAGAGAAGGCCCUCACCCUCUGUUCGUAUUGCUAAACAUUCUCGAGAGCAAUCAAAAAAUAGCAACCAAACAAUCUGAAUCUGAAGUCCAGUCCGGAUUUGUUGACAACUGGCAGAAUGGAAAGUCAGUCAGACAAAGCCUCAGAUAUUCACUGGACGAAAAGAUCCUGUGCGACGUCACCUUCAUAGUGGGAGAAAACCGGAAGCGGAUACAGGCUCACAGGUUGACACUCAGUCUGCGUAGCUGUGUCUUCCUGGCGAUGCUGACCGGACCUCUGGCGGAGGAGGAUGACAUUGAAAUCCUGGAUAUCGAUUCUGAUGUUUUUGAUCAACUUUUAAGGUUCUUGUACACAGACGUCAUAUCCAUUAAUGGUAGAAAUGUGAUCAGUUUCCUGUAUGCCUUUAAAAAGUACGACAUUGUUGAUAUGGAAAACAAAUGCCUGACAUAUAUUGAGUCGUCUAUGUCGCCACAUGAAGUCUGUUUUGUGAUGGAACAGGCACACUUGUAUAAUGAACAAGACUUGGUGCAGAAAGCACUAGCAUAUAUUUGGCAAAAUGGCGACGAAGUUUUAAAAUCUGAUACUUUCUGUGGCCUCUGUCACGACUGUUUUGUGAAGGUCAUAGAAGCUGAUCAACGCAAAACCAGUGAGGAGUCUGUUUUUGAAGCUUCCAUCGCCUGGAGCGAGGCAGAGUGCAGACGACAAGGAAGGGAGGUAACUCCAGAAAAUAGACGCAGCGUUCUUGGUGAGAGUAUGCAUCUGAUUCGGUAUUCUAAAAUUGACUCAUCUUAUUUUGUGCAGAAAAUUUCGCUCUCAAGUUUGUUGACGAAAGCUGAAGAAAUCAAGAUCUACAGAUCUUUCAUCGUUCAAAACCAAGAAGUUUCACCAUUUAAAUCAAAUCACAGACUCGGAAUAACCUGGUUUCCCAGUAUCAGAGACAAUAUUCUUCCUGAAUAUCAGACGCACAAUGGUUCCUCAGUAUUAGACACAGUCAGGUUCAUCAGUAUUGGACACAAUCUGUUUCAUUAA